AUGACUGGUGGUGUUCACGUCAGAGCAGCUGCUGCUGUCCGCACCGCCGUGCUGUGGGUGUCGCUCUGCAUGCUUCUGCAGCACCUGGGCCACCACCCGCAGUUCACGGCAGAAGCGAUGAUCGGAAGUGUUCAAGUUAACAUUGUGCGGUAUUUCUCAUUUCCCCACAGUAUAUUCCGGUUGACGAAGUAUGUUAAUUACGGUGCUUCUGCAGAUGCCUGUAAUACGAAUGGUGGAUUUCUCGUGACUGGUCAGUCACUUGCUGCACAAAAUACAAUUACCGAACAUCUGAAGAAUAAUCGAAACCAGGCCUACCCUGAAGUACUCGCUUACAUGGGUGGGGAUGCAAUCUACAGUAUCAGAUUUGACCCUGACCCAAACAUAAGGUGCACACCAGGGAUUGAGGGUGCCUCACUUAAUUGUAUCUACCGAUGGAACCAGGGUCUUUUUACACGAGAAACAUCUGAUGGUAGAGGUGUUGAUUUUUACCGUGGCUCGCUUUAUUCUCUUCCAGGUGCAGGACCACUAAAUGGGUACACAAUGUACUGGAGGCCCAAGUACCCUGCACGUGGUAAUCCUUAUGUGGUCUCUCAGUAUACGUUUAUAGAAGGGACACAAGCUACAUGGUAUGAUGCACCAGUAAAUGCAUAUUUGGAUCCUGACCUAAAUCUUAACGGCUUUGUGGUCGUAUGUGAGGUUCAGAGCUCAUCUGAUGGUUCAACUCUUGUUCCCACUGAUACUCCUACUACUGCACCACCAGCAGAGGCAUCAGAGCCAUCAUGGAUCAAGAAGCAUUGGUAUGUCCCUCUGAUCAUUGCUUUGGUUGUGCUGGCAGCUAUCAUUGGACUGAUUAUACUGUGUUGUUGUCUUGGUGGCCGUAACGAAGAGAAAUACCUAUAUCCAAUGGCCACCAGAGAGGACAGCGAUAUGCCGAUACGUGCACGUGAAAUUACUGAUUAUGACGGUAAUGUUAAUGAAAUGAAUUUGGAUGAUCGAGGUAUGGUCAUGGUUCCAUCACACCCCAUGCCAAUGGAAGGUAUUGAUUCUGCAAAUGUAUCGGUGUACUCGGUGGCAGAGAACGAUAUUUACGGUGAUGGAGAUGUAUUCUCGGAGGGCAACCGAUAA